CAUUUAUGUUAAUAAUCUCAAAUCAAAGAAAAUACAUAUAAAAAAAUAUAACAAUAAAUAUCAUGGCUUUAGAAUUCGAUAUUUGUAAUUUGGGGUUUGUUGUUUAAUUUAAGUUGUUUCGGUUGUUUACUGUUGUACUAUGAUUUAAAAAAUAUCAAUAAAAAGACAUGUUGUCAUUGGAAGCACUUUCUGUGAUCAUUAAUAUAGCUUGUUCUCUGGACUUGUAUCAAGGAAUUGAGUGUCCAUUACAUGGGUUAUCCUUAUCACACUUUUAUAUGCUGAUGAUGUCGUCCUUUUGGGCUCUUGGUCGCGUGAUAAUAUGAUGAAUAUUUGUCGUUUAUUUAGGUGCGUUUCUAUUUAGCAUCUGUAGGAGAAAUGCUAGUUAUAUGGUGGUGGUGUCUUGGAUUGUCAACUGUAGGUUAUGGCAUCUUUUAUCCGGUGUAAGGUAGGCAAGUUCCCUUUUAAACAUCUUGAGCUAAUUGUAGGUGGUAAUAUGAAUUUGGAAAAAAAUUUGGAAAAUAGUGGUUGGCGUCUUGCUUUAUGGAAACCUAAGUGUUUAUCCUUUGGUGGCCACAUAACAUUGAUCAAGGCGGUAUUGAAUAAGAAAAUGGUCUGGGUCGCAUGGGAUCAGGUCAUAAACCGGUUGAAUGUGGUGGUUUGGCGCUGGGUUCUUUACUUGAUGUAAAUGUGGCAGUGUUGUCCAAAUGGCGGUGGAGGUUUAAGGUAGAUCACAAUGGGCUUUGGAGAAAAGUAAUCUGGUUUAUUCAUGGGUCGGCUAGAUCAUGGAAUUUUAUUCCGUUAAGGUUUACAAUUCCUAGAACAUGGAAGAAUGUUUGCAAGAUUUUCAACUCACAUGGUAUUAACUGGUGUGAAUAUGGAAAGAUUAAUGAAAGGAGUAGUUGGUAAUGGAUCUAAUAUGCUGUUUUGGAAAGACUGGUGGAUUGGAAAGGAUAGAUUAAUGGAAAUAUAUACACAAUUGUAUAGCUUAGAAAAACGGAAGGCUUGCUUGGUUUCAGAUAGAAUAUGUAACAUUGGCAGUUCGAUCUUAAUCAAAUGGGAAUGGCACAGGAAGCUAGUUAGCCCUCUUGAGCUUUCUGCCUUGAAUCAACUAACCGCCCAUCUCAGGUCAGUUUCUCUUUCUUCAACACCUGAUCGAUGGGUCUGGGACUCGAGUGGAUCAGGAGUGUUCUCGGUUCAGGAAAUGAAAUAGCUCAUGUUGGAGGCAGUGUCAAAGCCUCACGAUGAACCCUUUGUAUGGUGCAAUUGGGUACCUAAAAAGGUUGGGGUGGUGGCUUAAAGAGUGAGAUAUAUAUUUACACCUUUGUAAAGCUACCCGAGUAGCUCAUCACCUUUUAAAUCGUUCUUAAAUGGCAUAAUUUCAUGUUCUUUUUCAGCUUCACAGAUCCUGGUCCGCAUGGAAGUGGCAGGUACUCUGAGCACAUGUUACUCGAAGUUGAGAUGAAACUCUUCAUAAAGGAUGCUCAGCUGCAUGAUCCCAACGGGAUUGCAAACUUGUCGGUUACACACGUUGAUUGGUGCGAACAAAAAUGGCAUCCAAAAUCUUACGAGAAAAAGGAUAUUACGUCUAUUACUCAAAAGUGUUCAAGUUACACGCAAAUAAAAGAAAAACCAUGAUCAUGCCUUGUAUGUGGGAACAUGGGUGAAUCAGCCAUGUUAUAUUUGCAAUAAAAUUCUUACCAGAGACUCUAGACACUAGACAGCAUGAUAGACCUUAUCUCAAACUACACAGGCUUGUAAACCCGUGUUUGGCAUAAUUUUGGCAGGACAGAACUGGCUUCUGACAAAUUAAAAAUCGUAUGCUAGCUGGUAAAAAGCGUUUAGAAGAGAUUGAGUAUGAGGGUCCAUGGGUGGGAAAGUGAAAUUCUGGAAGAAAAUUGUGACAAAAAAGUAGAGCUGCUAAAGAACACAACUUGCCUAUCACAAGAUGUUCAAAGCAUGAGGGAAAAUAUGUUGUUUAUACUACAACAACAGUAUGGAACACAAUUCGCCACCGUCAAGACGAUGUUCCAUGGGUGAAGGUUAUUUGGUUUCCCCAUUGUAUUCCACGAUUCGCAUUUCAUUCAUGGCUCGUUUGUAAAACCAAGUUGAAGACUCAAGACAAAAUGCGACAUUGGGACACUUCAGGAUCCACCAACUUGAACCUGAUGUGUUGUUCGUUAUGCCAACGAAGCCCUGGCUCAUAUGAGCACCUUUUCUUUGAUUGUGUAUUCUCUAAGCAGGUUUGGGCUCAAAUUAAACCACUAGCAGGAGUUCCUUUGAAUAAAGACAGAUGGAAUUAUAUAAUCCAAUGGCUGCUAUCUAUUCGUAAUCCAAAUUCUGCCAAAAGCAUCAUUGGUCGACUUUUUGUGGCAGCUACUUCAUACUACAUAUGGCAAGAGAGGAAUAGUAGACUCUUCUCCUCUUCUACGAGAACUGCAGCUCAACUGCGUGAUAUCAUUGAUGAUGUACCAUCCCAUAGGCUCCGGACUCUCCGGCAAUGACGGUUCGGAGACAGAAACGAGACUAGCAAUAGGCUCCGAACCCUACGACGGCCUAGCUGACAAACAGUACGAUGAAUCACGUGCACUAGUACACACGACUCAUGCUUGUGUCUCCAAGCCAACGAUUUCCACAGAGCUGUCUAACGAUGACGACCUCCUGUCGGAGGUUGCCGUUAAGUCGACCGUUAGGCCCAGCUUCUAGACAUCUCGGCCCAUCUCAUGAAACCCUUCGUGGGAGGCUUAUAAAUACCCCUCCACAACAACUUAGAAAGGGCAAUGCAUUCAUACCUACACUUAAGAUAUUUACUCCAACACUUGGUGGCGUGAGGCUAAUCCUUCACACCAUUAGGGAACCGCCAACAAGUACAAAACCCUCUAUUUUCACCCUCCAACAGCUUAUUAUCAUUCUCUCAUACAAGAUUAAUCCCCUAUUAAUUUAAGAGUAAAUUUACCCCUUAAACAAGUGGCGCCAUCCGUCAAAAAAACUUUAAUCUUGUACGAAAAUGGCGGAGGAUGGUCACCCACGGUCACCUCCGGGUUUCGAAACAUCAAGAACAACACCAAACAUCCCUCCGACAGCCAGACAGCUGGAGGAAUUUACACCGCUCCUAAGAGAAUAUCUCAGGAAAGUGGAAAGACAGAAUGUACGAACAAGGUUAACAUACUCCGACGAGACGGAAGCAACAGAAGAAGAAUUUGAAGCUGACACACCAGUCCGCGGACCAUCUGGAAGCAGGUCAAGGGCAAGAGCCUAGGGAUGGGCAUGGGACCGGUCCCGGUACCGACGGUACUGGUCCCGAAAAACCCAAAAACGUGGUACCGGUACCGGUCCCAAAUAAGGCGGGAUCGGGACGGUACCGGGAAAUCCCGUAGUUCGCGGGAUUUUCCCGGUCCCGUCCUGGUCCCAAUCCUGAAAAUCAUCAAAUUUCAAUACCGGUCCCGAUCCCACGUGGGACUCGGUACCACUUCCCGGUACCGGGAUCUGGACGGUACCGGGACUCGGGACUUGGGAUUUUCGGCUCAUCCCUACAAGAGCCUACUUUGACUCAGCUCCCCGAGGAGGUUCCGGCUGUCGAUAUGAAGAUCACCAUGGAGCUCCGAAUCUUCCGCCGUUGGCAGAUGAACACGUUCGCACCACAGGCCAGGCAUACCAUUAUAAUUAUCAUGCUUAUGGCAACUCACCUCCACGAUACGAUUAUCACCAAAACACCUCUCACCAAUAUUUUACUCCGCAACCCGCCAGAAGGUCCGGAAACACCCAUAUGCACUACUCUACCCCGCAGCCUGGCAAGGGGCAAAUGCAUAAUUAUUAUCAAACACAUGUUCCGGCCAGUACGAAACACGCCCCGCAUCCUCCGGGGUGGAUUCCGAGCGAAGAAGACAUGAUAGUACACGCAGAACCAGGCCCUUUUGUGCAAUGGAUCGAAGAUUACCCAUUACCCGAGGGGGGUUUACCUAAAGGAAUAGAAAUGUAUGAUGGGAAAGAGGAUCCGGAUAAUCAUUUGAAGCUAUUCAAUGGACUAAUUCCGAUGCAAAGGUGGAACGUUCCAAUAGCAUGUCAUAUGUUUGCACUCACUUUUAAAGAUUUGGCGAGAGUUUGGCUAGAUUCUCAGCCGUCACUACUACAAAGGCAUAAGAAAGUCUGUCACCUUUUACGGACCUGAGUCCAUACCCUAUGGCUUCUUCCUUUUGGGUCACUCAGCUCAGCGAUCGAGUCAACUGCAUCUUGGUAGAUCCUUUGUUCUUGUUGCGCGAAACAAUAACACCCACCAACAUCAUCGUCCUCCUCUUAUGCAUCCCGUCGAGUUCGAUUUAAUCUUUAAAGACACAAGAUCGUAUUAUUAUAUUUGGCGACCACGCCCUCCUCCGGGUUACAGAGCACUUGGAUUUAUUGUCACCACUUUAGCUAUGAGGGGUCCAAUUAAACCAAAACUCAGUGAUGUUAUGUGUGUUCGUGAAGAUCUUACGCAGUCUUGUGAACUUGGUGACGACCUUUGUGCAAACCUUUCCGAGUUAAAAAUCUUCAACACCAAAGCUUUUAAGACCGGGAUGUUUUCUAAAGGUGUUCCUGUUGGGACAUUUGUUUCUACUUUUUCGGAUUCAUAUCUUCCCCAUGUGGGGUGUUGCUUGAGGAAUUUGAACCCUAAUCUUGAAGCAAUGCCAAACCUAAAGCAAGUGGAUGCCUUAAUUCAGCAUUAUGGGCCCAUACUUUACUUCCACCCCAAUGAGGUGUAUUUCCCAUCUUCGGUUUCAUGGUUUUUCAAGAAAGGGGCCAAACUCUUCAAGAAAGGUAAGUCGUCUAACGGGAUACCUAUUGAUCCUCAUGGAUCAAACUUACCACGAGGCGGAACAAAUGAUGGCAGCUUCUGGUUGGAUUUACCCUCAAAGGGCGUGGAUGACGUCAAACAUGGUGACCUUGAGAGUGCAGAACUUUACGUUCACGUGAAACCAGCUUUUGCUGGUACUUUCACUGACAUUGAUAUGUGGUUUUUUUGUCCUUUUGGCAAACACGUCGGUAAUUGGGAGCAUUUCACGCUGCGGAUAAGCAACUUCAACGGUGAGCUUUACAGUGUGUACUUUUCAGGGGAUAGUGGCGGCAAAUGGGUCGAUGCUACUCGUCUUGAGUUCUUCAAGGGGAACAAGCCAAUUGUUUAUUCUGCUAAAGGCGGCCACGCUACUUUCCCUAAUGCUGGAACUUGCAUUAAAGGGCUGUCCAAGCUAGGUAUUGGACUGAAGAUGCAAGCUGAUGUAAACAUUCAGUUCAUUGACGCUAGCAACAAGUAUCAUAUUGUUGCAGCAGAGUAUCUUGGUGGUGUUGUGGAAGAACCGGACUGGUUGCAAUAUAUGCGGGUUUGGGGACCAACAAUAUCGUUUGAUUGGCGGCCUGAGCUCAAAAAGAGCAUAACCCACCUGCCGUUUCUCACUCGGCUGAUGGUGAAGAAGCUGAUCCAUCUCUUCCCAUACAACAAGGAAAGGCGGACAGGGCCCAAGGAAAGGCGUAGUUGGUUUGGAGAUGAACAACAAUGAUAAUUAAUGUUUUGUUUGUAUUUUUUUUUUCAUAUUCAAGCUAGCUAUGAGUUAGGGAACACUAGCUUUUCCUGUUUGUUGUUUGUUUAGCAGCCUACAAGAUUAGUGCUGUAGUAUAUAAGCUUAAUUUCUGUGUAAAUGUGUAUUGGUUGGUUAUCUUUUGCUAUAUAUAGUUUAUGCUGGCAUGAACCUGCCUUUGUCUUC